CGACCAAUGGCGAGCGGCGCGUUUGGGCGGGGCGGCGGAGGACGCGCGGCGCUGAUUGGCCGGCGCGGCGCGAGGGGCGGGGCCGGCGCGGGGGUGACAAGAUGGCGGCGGAGCCGGUGGAGCUGCACAAGCUGAAGCUGGCGGAGCUGAAGCAGGAGUGCCUGGCGCGGGGCCUGGAGGCCAAGGGCAACAAGCAGGACCUGAUCCAGCGGCUGCAGGCCUACCUGGAGGAGCACGCCGAGGAGGAGCCCAACGAGGAGGACGUGCUGGGAGAGGAGAUCGAGGAGGAGGAGCCCAAGGCCCCGGAGCCGCCCGUGAAGGUGGAGGAGGCGCCGCUGAAGUCGCCCGACGUGAUCCAGGAGAAGAAAGUGGUGAAAAUCUCCUCGGAAAUCUCCCAGAUGGAGAGGAUGCAGAAAAGGGCCGAGAGGUUCAACGUCCCCGUCAGCCUGGAGAGCAAAAAGGCAGCGAGGGCAGCACGGUUUGGCUUGGCCACAAUUCCCACAAAAGGGCUCUCAGCAGACUCCAAACCCACGAUAAACCUGGAAAAGCUCAAGGAAAGGGCUCAGAGGUUCGGCCUCAACGUCUCCUCCCUCUCCAAGAAGAGCGAGGAGGAUGAGAAGCUGAAGAAGAGGAAGGAAAGGUUUGGGAUCGUCACCGGGGCCGGGGCCGCCGAGGACUCCGAGGCAAAGAAGCGGAAAAGGGCAGAAAGGUUCGGGAUCGUCUGAGCUGCUCCGGCCUCUCCUCAGGUGGGCCUUGCCUGAACCCUUCCCCUGUUGAAGACUUGAGCUCCCAGGAGUUGGAAUUUCGGGAAUCUCCUCCCGGAGCCUUGGGAGCAGCGGGGCCGGGGCCAUUCCCGGAAUUCCGGGGCCAUUCCCAGCCCAAGAGAUUCUAUUUUUUUGGGAAUUCUCCUUUUCCACCCUCGGGAACCUCGGAGACUCCGGGAGGUUCCCAAGAUGUUCCUUCCCUUCCCAAAAAUCCUCAGUUUUUUCCCAGUUUUUUCCCGGUUUUUCCCGGGUUUUGUAUUCCCAGUUUUUUCUAUUUUCCCGGUUUUUCCCUCGGAAGGGUCGGGCUCUGCCCCUCAUCCCACGUUUCCCAAUAAAAAUCUUCCCUUUUCCAAGGAAA